CUCUCUGUUUCCAGUCGCUUCAACCCAGGUUCAUAUUGCCCUCCACAGGCAAUUAGAGCACUGAUAACGUCGAAGAUAUGGUUCGCAAAGCAGUGGAUUCGCGCAUCCCCGCGCUCAUUCGCAAUGGAGUCCAAGAAAAGAAGAGAAGCUUUAUCGUCGUCGUUGGCGACCGGUCCAAGGAUGUCAUCGUCCAUCUUCACUAUAUUAUGUCAAGUAUGGAUGUAAAGCAGAACAAGUCGGUGUUGUGGGCAUACAAGAACAAGCUGUUGGGCUUCACCAGUCAUCGGAAGAAGCGCGAGCUGAAGAUUAAGAAAGAUAUUAAACGAGGAAUCCGCGAAGCCAAUAACGAAGACCCGUUUGAACUUUUUGUAUCAUUACACGACAUCCGCUAUGUUUACUAUAAAGAGACGGAGAAGAUCCUGGGAAACACCUACGGCAUGUGCAUCUUGCAGGAUUUCGAAGCGAUUACCCCCAAUCUCCUCGCUAGAACAAUCGAGACUGUGGAAGGUGGCGGACUUGUGGUGCUAUUAUUGAAGGGAAUGAGCAGUUUGAAGCAGCUGUACACGCUGUCGAUGGACGUCCAUUCGAGAUACCGGACAGAGGCCCACGACGAUGUUACCGCACGAUUUAACGAGAGAUUUAUCCUGUCCCUGGGAAGCUGCGAGUCGUGUCUGGUUAUCGAUGACGAACUCAACGUGCUUCCCAUUUCGGGAGGCAAAAACGUGAAGGCGCUACCACCGCCAGACCUUGAUGAGCCCAAAACCGAGAAGCAGAAAGAACUUGACACCAUGAAAGAUACACUACAAGACACUCAACCCGUAGGAUCGUUGAUAACCUUGGCUAAGACCGUGGACCAAGCCAAGGCUCUCUUGACCUUCGUGGAUGCUAUUGCAGAGAAGACAUUGAAGAGCACAGUCACAUUGACGGCGGCUAGAGGUCGUGGUAAAUCGGCAGCACUAGGUGUUGCGGUGGCGGCUGCCGUUGCACAUGGUUACAGCAACAUUUUCAUCACUUCUCCAAGCCCAGAGAAUUUGAAGACGCUCUUCGAGUUCAUCUUCAAAGGAUUCGACUCAUUGGGUUAUAUGGACCAUGUCGACUACUCCAUCAUUCAGUCUACAAACCCUGAUUUCAACAAAGCUAUUGUCCGUGUUAACGUACAUCGCCAGCAUCGCCAAACUAUCCAAUAUAUCAGACCCCAGGAUGCACAUGUUUUAGGCCAGGCCGAGUUACUUGUUAUCGAUGAGGCAGCAGCUAUCCCUCUGCCCCUUGUCAGAAAACUCAUGGGCCCUUAUCUGGUCUUCAUGGCAUCAACAAUUAACGGUUACGAGGGAACUGGACGUUCGCUAUCUUUGAAACUGAUUAAGCAGCUCCGUGAGCAAUCGCGUGGAACUACUAAAUCUACAGGAGAGGACGCAGAGAUGGAUCGAACAAGCGGCAAGGCCAUUAAAUCCGACAACAGCUUCACAGGCGGCCGUUCACUACGUGAAAUCACUUUGUCAGAGCCCAUUCGUUAUACCCAGGGCGACCUAGUUGAGAAGUGGCUCAACAACCUCCUCUGUCUCGAUGCUACCCUCCCUCGCUCAAAACUUAACACCCAAGGCUGCCCUCACCCAUCCCAGUGCCAACUCCUCAACGUCAACCGCGACACUCUUUUCUCCUUCCACCCCGUCUCCGAAAAGUUCCUGCAACAAAUGAUCGCUCUAUACGUCGCUUCACAUUACAAAAACUCCCCAGAUGACCUUCAGCUCAUGUCCGAUGCACCAGCUCACCAGCUGUUCGUCCUUGUCCCUCCUGUGUCUGAAGAUAGCGCUCGUCUUCCGGAACCCCUCGUCGUCAUACAAAUAGCCCUUGAAGGUCAGAUUUCCAAGCAAUCGGUGCUGAACUCUCUUGCUCGUGGACAGCGCGCCGCAGGUGAUCUCAUCCCUUGGCUGGUAUCUCAGCAAUUCCAGGACGAAGACUUCGCUGGCCUUUCUGGAGCUCGCAUUGUGAGGAUUGCUACCAACCCAGACUAUAUUGGAAUGGGCUAUGGUGCGCGGGCCAUUGAGCUUCUCAACGACUUCUACGAAGGAAAGUUUGCAAAUCUCUCCGAGGACGCCGCUCCGCUAUCAGCUGAGCAGUCUAUUACCCGUGUCACAGAUGAGGAGCUUGCCAAUGCUACCUUACUGGACGACGAUAUCAAGGUUAGGGACAUCCGCAAAAUGCCUCCGCUAUUCAGCAAGCUCACAGAGCGCCAACCCGACAACCUCGAUUAUAUCGGCGUGUCCUAUGGUCUCACACAACCCCUGCACAAGUUCUGGAAACGUUCGCAGUUUGUUCCCGUAUACCUCCGCCAAACAGCGAAUGAUUUGACUGGCGAACAUACCUGUGUUAUGCUGCGUCCAUUGCAGAAUGGGGACGACAAGGCUUGGCUGGGAGCUUUUGCUAGAGAUUAUCACAAGCGCUUCCUGUCUCUACUUUCGUAUCAGUUCCGAGACUUCGCCUCUAUCACUGCGCUCAGCAUCGACGAAUCAGCUCGUGGAGGCUUCAAAUUGGACCCAGAGCAUGAGGCCAAGGCACUUGUUAAGACGGAACUCGACGGUCUUCUCUCUCCGUUCGACCUGAAGCGCUUGGAGUCAUAUGCGAACAACAUGCUCGAUUACCAUGUUGUAUUGGACUUGAUCCCAACCCUCGCGGCGCUGUAUUUCACUGGCCGCCUCCCUGUGCUGAAGCUUACUGGCGUCCAAGCUGCGAUUCUUUUGGCUGUCGGUCUGCAACGCAAAGACUUGACUGCUGUUGAGAGCGAGCUUAACCUGCCAAGUAGCCAGCUGUUGGCCAUGUUCAUCAAGAUCAUGCGAAAGUUGUCGAGUCACUUUGGAAGCCUAGUGACUGGAGCCAUUGACGCCGAGCUACCAAAGCAGGAGACGCUUGGUGUAAGCCGUGCGGAUGCAAGUGCCGCACACGAUGAUGAGAUCAUUGACGAGAGAUUUGUGGCUCUUGAGACAAACCUGGAAGAUGAGUUGGAGGAGGGCGGUGACGAGGCUAUGAAGGCACUGCGGGAAAAGCAGAGGGAGCUUAUUGAUGCGCUACCAUUGGACCAAUAUGAGAUCGCAUCUGAAGCACCGGGGUGGGCACAUGCCGAGCAGGAAGUCCUUAAGGCUACAAAGAAGGGAGCGAAGCCAUCGGCUAUCAGCGUAAAGACCCUUAAGUCAAAGAGGAAGGCGGGCGAGAGCGCGGCAGAGAUUUACGAGGAGGAGAUGGGAGAAAAGAAGAAGGACCGGGGCAAUAAGAAGGCUAAGACUGGGAAGAAGUACUGAGGGUGAUAAAAUGGGGUGUGAUUAGGCGUUGGCGUGGGUAGAAUGUAGAUAUACGAUAUAUGAAGG